AUGGCCAGACGAGCAUCGAUCGGUCUGAUACUGGUGUGUGCGACCAUCACCCAUCCUGAAGUUGCAGCAUUGGACCGUACUGGGACCUACUUCACCAACCCGCCUGAAUACGGUGACUAUCCGGACGACGUAGUCAACUACACCGUACAAUACGGCGAGAUUCCUUACUUCACAUGGAGGACGAACCUCAGCUCUAUCAACCUUGUGCUUCCCACGUUUCUAGACGUCGAAUACAGCAAAGGUCUAACAUACCCGGACGGGAGCUUCACAUCUAAGUACGGCUCUGGGUUCUACCUGAUCAUUGAAGACGCCGAGACCGACUACGCAGUCGCGACGUCGAUGUACUUCUCCAUUGUUUCCCAAGACACAGCAUCGAGUACUUCUGCGACAACCAAAUCAACUACCAAACCCGCCUCUUCCAUGUCCGCACAAGGUUCUGUCUCCAGUAUCACAGCAAUCACGGGCACGGGCACGGUUAUUAGUAUGAGUGCACUACUCACUCCAUCAACAUUCAACGAACUUGAGCCCACCACCACGUCAACUUCUUUUUCUCCUCCUCCCUCACCUUCAGAGACGUCAGUUGCGGGCUCAAGCAGCGACUUCUCGCCCUCAAUCAACGCAGCUUCCUCCGACCAAGCAUCUCCCACAUCCAUCCGUAACCCUCAAUCCAAAGACGACACAUCCCAACCAGCCUCUCCAUCUUCCAAAACCACCAGUAUCGCAGCUAGUGUGGGCGGCGUCUGUGCCGCCAUCAUCCUCGGAGUGGUGAUCUACAUGGUUAUCCGCAGACACAAACAACGCCAAAGCCAUCGUCAUCGUCACCAUCUUCCUCAUGCCCCCAAUACUCCCACCGCUACUAGUGAUGUUGGUGUUGGCGGUCGUUAUGAUGUUGGUGAAACGACCCACCACCCUACAGAUUCAAACGCCCAAGCCACAACCACGAAGAGUAAUCAUCGAAGCACCUACAGUAUUCUUCCCACCUUUAGUCCUUCAGAUGACAUCAAAGCACGCUUGGCCUUGUCGUCGUCAUCAUCAUCAUCAUCGUCAUCUCUAUAUGCAUAUACGUACCCCAGCACACGACCGCCGCUCAACGAGGUUGCUGCUGAACUUCCGGCUCAACAACAACAUCAUCAUCAUCACCAUCACUCGGCGGAGUUGCCUGGAUAA